GUCGGACUUACAAGCUAGCCGCAGGAAUUUGGGGAUGAUUAAUAUUGGAUUAUGUUGGGGUUGGUUUACCCUUUUAAAUGACACCCCCCUUACCCCGCGGAGACGCUUAUUUUUUUUUAAAAAUGCAUUUUAAAGUGCGUAUAAAGGAACGUGAUUUUUUGUAUAACAUAUUUAUUGUAGCGAAAUAUUGUUGUAAAACCAAUUCGUAUUUUAUCAAAAUACAAUAUUUUUAAUGUUAUAUAAUGUUAUGUUGUUCAUAGUAUUUAUUUAUAAUUUUAUUUUAAUUUUUAGUAAUAUAUAUUUGAAACGGAACGAAACGUCACAUUUCACGAAACGUCAUAUAGCGAGCGUCUUGUUAUGCGUUUGAUGCGCCAACGCCAUUCCGUUGCUAUCCUGCGUACGCGAGUUUUGUAAUCCUGAGUUUUGAUAUUUUUUAACGACUUUUACUUGUUUCUGGACUCCGAUAUCUGCACAAUUAUCGACCUUCGCUUGUUUUUUGGAUUCUGAUAUCUGCACAAUUUAUCGACCUUGGCUUGUUUGUUGGAUUUAAGUCUGCAAUACGUGUCUUGACUUGACUUGUUAAAAUGGCGUCGUCUGCCGAAUCUGCCGCCGCUCCUAUUGAAAACGAAGGUAAAAGAAUUAGCUUUUCUCUACAAAAAUGUCUUUAAUGUAAAGAUACUUAUUUAUACACACCUCUACUAAAAGGUUUUUCUGCGGAAAUUACUCGUUUUCGAGAUAUUUUAAUUUUUCAAAUUUUCAAUACAUUUUAUUGAUAAUUUAUACUUACAGUCUAUCAAUGUAUGUAUGUUUCGCGGGACCUUUCAUCAUUUUUGGUUCAUUAAUCAUGUCUUUAUUUUUAGCUGGGCCAUCCACUUCUCACUCUGUGGAGUCAGGCUCCAAUUUUGAAGAUGACCUCUAUGUGUGCCGGCAUUUAUAUGUGGGCGAAAUAUUGCCUAUGUACAAUUUACCUCGGCUUGUCAGGCAACUGGGAACCCGGGAGCAGUGUUUGGCUUUUGCUGAAGAGCAUGGGCUCAUUUUAGCCAACAAAAUGUGCCGUGUACACCGCCAGCUGAUGCGCCUGGAUUUGACGGCUAACACCACAGUUGGGGCCUUUGUAUGUAGCAGAGGGAGCUGUAGAGCCAAGUCCCGUACAUCAAGGGCCACAGGAACAUGGUUCGAGAAAUCAGGGUUGCUAUUGCCAAGGAUAUUUUAUUUAAUAUACUGUUUUGCACAUCGCAAGUCCCACGAAGAGGCCGUAUUCGAUGAUCCUCUUCGUGACGAAACAAAUACAUGCUUGUCCAGGGCCACCAUCACAGACUGGUACAGUUAUUGUCGAGAAGUUAUUGUAAUUUAUUAUUUAGAGACUCAACAAAUAAAAGGAAAAAUAGGUGGCCCUGGAAAAAUUGUACAAAUUGACGAAAGCAAAUUCGGCCGGCGCAAAUAUAAUAAAGGAAGACGAGUUGAAGGGCACUGGGUCCUAGGAAUGAUUGAAGAUGGAAGCGAGGACUUGCGCUUGGAGGUGUGCCCGGACAAUGUGCGGUCUGCAGAGGUCCUGGUGCCCCUGAUAAAAAAGCACGUGGAAGUGGGCACCACAAUCCACACAGAUUGCUGGCGUGCUUACGAUUGUCUGGCAGAGCACGGCUAUCACCAUAAAAAGGUCAAUCAUAGUGACCCGGACAAUCCAUUCGUUGCAGCAGAUGGGACUCACACUCAACGUAUUGAGUCCCAAUGGCGUGUCGUGAAAAGGUUUUUCUAUAAAGACAAUUACAACCAUCCCCAAAACUUUGGGGAUGUGAUUGUGGAGUAUUUGUGGAGAAGAAAUAUUAUGAAAAAUAAAAAAGAUCCGUUUAUCCAAUUAAUUGAGGCAAUUAAAUAUAUAUACAAACCUUAACCUCUGGUUUUAUUUAUGCAUCUUCAUAAUAUCACCAAAUUUCAUUCUUAUUUCUAGAAUACACUAGUUAGUGA